CAGAGGAUUACUGAGGUAAAUGUUGAAAGAGGUUUAGCCACUAUGCUUAGGCAGUGCUCUUAAUUACAUUUCAACAGAGUGUCCAACGUGCAGUUGGACGAGAGAUCACAGUGAUGUCAGUUAAGACAAGGAGCUGGAACUUGUUGGCCAGGGCAUCUGUAGGUUGGCAGCUGGACUGAUAGCUUCCCUCAAAGGUGCUAAGACUUCAGAGCUGUGGAAUUUCUUGUUGCUCAAACCAGCAGGGCACCUUCAAGUCUCAUACUGAUUGUUUGGUAUGCACAACUGUCAACUUGACAGAGAGCUUGGACAUAUUCCCAUUUCUCUGGCAGAGAUUCAAAAGGCUGACUGGAGCAACGUGACGGAUAUAUUUUGCACCUAAGUGAAGGGAAAAUCAAGCAGGAGAAGUAGUGAACAGGGAGGAGGCAGUGUCAUGACCCCACGUGAACAGCUAAGGAAGAUAACAGCACUGGGAGAGCAAGGUGUUCUAGAUGAGAAACACUGGUAUCGACUGGUCAGUGGAAUGUCUGCUGGAGAGUUGCGGCAGAGGCAUGAGCUCAUGAUGAGGAACCAGAUGGCCAUGGCUCCACAGAUCCUGACUCAGGGGCAGCAGAGAUUGCAGGGUGUGCCUGCACAGUUUGAUCCCCGCUUCAUGGAGAGGGAACUGGUGCAGCCCAAUGAAAUGGUAUCAGCUGACGCUAGACAAAUCCACAUGGGUACCCAUCUUGGUCCACCUCUGCCUCAAAAUUCCAAUGUUAUUCCAGGAAGAGGAUACCCUGGAACAGGUUAUGCCUUCCUUCCUACUGAAACCAUGGAGACAGUUGCAAGACGACAAGAGUUAAUUCACAAACAGAAUAUGGCCAGGAUGGAGAUGAAUGCUAUCCUGCACCAAAAAGAGCUGGAGAAUGCCCACCAAAAGGGUCUGAUUGGCAUGGAGAAUCCUAUGAUGUACCAAGGCAUCCAACCCAGUCCCAUGGCCUUCAGGGGUCGUCAGCGACUUCCAGAUGGACAUGAUGUGUUCGUCCAUCGCACCGCCCUUGAAGACAUGCAUGCUAACAGUCUCCUCAUGUCAAGCCCCUACCCACCAAUCAGUACAUUGCAAAGGGAGCGAGGGCGCAGGACAGGCAGAAGAGCCACCAAUCAUAAAAGCUCAGACAGUCACCUCUCACUCCACAAAGGCCAAUCAGAAGAGAAGAAUGUAGAGCAAAGUCCUGGAGGUGCUUCAGGGGAGGAGAAGGAGGCAGAAGGGAAAAGUGACCUGAGCAAUGAGGCCACCAUCAGCAAACCAAUCCAAACCAAAAUAGAAACUGAGCUCUCUUCAGGCAGCAGCAGAAAAAGUUUUAAAGAAGGAGAGCCCGGGAUUCGCAAGGCCUGUAUUAAUGGACAGGAGGACUGUUCAGAAGUCACCAAUUGCAAUGCCAGCACCAGGGACAAAGAUAUACCCAAUCCUUGCUCAGCUUUCCAAGAAAAGUUUCUGUACCCUUCUGCCACUGGCACAUUUACAGGCAUGCCCUUCAUGCUCCCAGUGCCAGGAAAUGGACUUCUACCACUUGGGCCUCCUAAUAUGUUUCUCAAUGGAGAAGAGAUGUCUUCACAGGAAGAUGUUCGCAAGUGGACAGUUGACGACGUCUACAACUUUAUCAGUGAAAUACCAAGCUGCUCUGAAUAUGCACAGACAUUCAAAGACCACAUAAUUGAUGGAGAGACAUUGCCUCUUCUGACGGAGGACCACCUCCUGGACACACUUGGGCUAAAGCUAGGCCCUGCACUCAAGAUACGAUCACAGUUGUCCCGACGGUUGGGUAACAUGUUCUACAACAUGAUGAACUUGCCGCUGCCUGUAUCUGGCCUGCAGCCUGCACCCGAGAAAGGUGGGGACAGAUCAUCAGACAUCAGCUCCCCCCUCAACUGUAACAGCAUGGAGAUGCUCAGCAGUCCCAGGGACACUGAGGCUCUUAAAUCUGCAGAGCCUGUAACUGAAGCUGACAAUCCUUCUCCGACCCAAAUGAGCGAGAUUGCCUAAAGAGGGCAUGAUGAACUACUGGACUAUUCACUUUUUUACCUCAAGAAUCUGUUGUGAUGCCCAAUGUAUUUGGCCUGACAAACACUUACACGAAGAUACGUUUUUAAAUAUAUAAUAAUGAAACAUUUUUAAAUAUUCAUUACAGAUAAAUUAUGCUCUACAUAAUACAAUAGGUUUGCCAUUCAGUCUCAAACAAUUCAUAAGAGUUAGUAAAAUUGUCCAUGCUGUUCACAAUUUUUUCAGCAAAUGUGUAUUUUUAAAUAAGCUAGCUUUAUUUUGAAAAUAUUAUUGUAUUUUUUUAAUUGUAUAAUUGUAUUUUGGUUUUUACUUUAAAAUUGCAUUAUUCUGUAUUGUUUGUUACAAGGAAAAUUAAAAAGAUUCAUAAACUCAUUUAUUUUAGUUUGAAGCAUGAUUUCAGUGUUUACUGUACUUCUAGCUUUGCCUGCUAACUAUCCACGUGAAGGCAGCUGAAACCAGCAUAAGCUGGUUGGCUGGUUUUAGCUGGCCAUUCUGCAAAGUCAGGGUGGUCAAUUGAUUGGUUUUAGAGGGGUUUUGGGCAUAGUUUCCAGUUAGGCUCAUUAUAAGCGACUUUUGGGUUGUUUUUUCAGAAAGUCACUUGUAAAUAUGGGCAGU